AAAUUUCCGGUGGUGAGGACUGUCAAAAAAUCUUCAAGUUGGCAGCCGUGUUUGCAAAAUAUUUAUAAAUUUCCUCGAGAAUUUGCUGGAAAAUCGCAGAAAAAUCAGAGAAAAACACACAAUUUUAUGAAGAUAAUUAUGUUAAGUGGUGCAUUUAUCAUUCUCCUGAAGAAUAUCUCCUCAUCUUGCUCUGUUAUUCGAUUUUCUGACCGUGAACUAGUCUUUGACUAAAUUCCUGCGCACUAACCAGGAAUAUCCUUGACCUAAGAUGUCGACAUCGGGUGCUCUUGCCGGUGAAGAGGAGAGUGAUGAGGAAUCUUCUUCCUCCUCGGCAAAUGUUCUGGAGGAAUUCCGGAACAAUUGGCAGAAGGAAUUGCAGCAGACUCAUCAUCUUUCCUCUGCUCUGGGGAAUUUAAGUCUUGCCAAUGACAGUGAAGAGUCCAUGGCUCAGAGACUGUUCCUCCAGGGCACGGAAUACGAGCGCAUGGGGAAGGUCUUUGAUGCCAUCCGUCACUAUCGCCGGGCUGUCCAAUUAGUUCCGGACAUUGAGCUCCGCGUGAGACCGCUCCUGGCUCAGCAGGAGGAAGAUGAGGCGACUGAAGUUGCUAACAUCGACGAGACGGAAGAAAUCCCUGAAGAAGCAGAUGACAAGGAGGACCUAUCAAACGUGGAUUUAACUCUUCGUUUCCAGGGUGCUCUGGGGCGCUGUGGUAAAGUUUGUGAGAGGCCGUCUGAUGAGAAAGUUCUCCAGACGAGCCUUCACAUCUCGGAUCUGCCCACAGAAAUCAUUCUGUACAUCUUCAAAUGGGUCGUUUCUCGGGAUCUCGAUGUGCGUUCCCUUGAGUACCUCGGUUUAGUUUGCCGGGGAUUCUACAUACUUGCCCGUGAUCCGGAGAUUUGGCGAUUGGCAUGCACAAAAGUCUGGCGUUCGAGUGUGGGAUUGUCGCCCAAGGCCUUGGGAUAUUCCACCUGGCGCCAGAUGUUCCAGGAGCGCUAUCGCGUGAAUUUCCACGGAUGCUACAUCAGCAAAACCAGCUAUUUGCGCUACGGCGAGAACAGCUUCCAGGAUCAAUUCUAUCGGCCGGUGCAUCUGAUUGAGUACUACAGGUACAUGAGAUUCUUCCCGGAAGGGAGAGUUCUGAUGCUAACAACUCCGGAUGAGCCGGUAAAUUGCGUGGGAAAGCUGAAAGAUCGCUUUCCGCAGAAGAAGGAAGUGCUCGUGGGAAAGUAUGAGAUUCACGAGGAUAUUCUCAUGAUUCUGCUCAAGAAAUCUGAGCAGAGAAGGCAAAAACUGCCAAGGGAGACGAAGAGGCAGCAGAAUUGUUUCGCAGAGAGGGAUACCAACACCUUUUAUCUCGAAAUGAGGAUUAAUACAGCGGCCAAGAAGAGGAGAUUCUGCCAGCUGGAAUGGAAGCAGUAUUCGGUGGUCCAAUUCAAGAACAAGGCAGAAUUUACAACAAAUUUCGAUUUACUUCCAAAUCAAUAUCCUCCGCUCUGGUUCUCCCGAGUCAGGAGCUAUCACACGGAAACAGACUGUCCGCUUUUCUGAGAGGAAACGAUAAUGCAUCUUUAAGUACCAUAAUCCAGAGGACAGUGAGUUAAACUCUCUGUUUGAUGAAUUUAUAACUAGUAUGAGAGUGAUUUUAAUCAUGAAAUGUGUAGAAUAGAUAAAAGUAAAUUGGUAAAAAAUGUUUUUUUUUUAUUCCAACGUUUGUUUUUUUCUCUACAAAAUUGCUUAGCCAAAUUGAGGAAUUUUUUUUUUUGGAGAGAAUGACAUGAAUUUGGGAAUGACAUUUUCAACAAUCUUCUGAAUUUAUCUCAUUCUCUGAUUGGUAAGUUAUUACUUAGAACUAAUUUACUUACAUUUAGACGUAUACAGAUAAAUUUUUACUUUAGUAGGAUGGUUUUCUUUUUGUACGCAAAAAAAAAAAUUUACAGUGAAAAACUAACUUUUUAAAAAAAUACAAAA